GCCGCCAUGCAAAAACAUCACGCUGUCCACUUUGCCAAGGGCGCCCUGCCCCCCCGGGCUCCCGCCGAGCGCUACUUCUUGGAUCCAGAGUUGGGGCACCAAAAAGGAUGUUGUCACCAGUGGUGCCAUGACCCAGCAGCACCGCGAGCCCACGGGCCCUGCCGGCCACCCCCCCCGGCGCGCUGGCCACGGGCCCUUGGCCACCGGGGGGGUGGUGAUGGCAGCUGUCGCGGGGAGCCCCAGCCCCCAGUCCUGCAGCGGCAGCGGCAGCCCCAGGCCCCACCUCCCAGGCCCCUGCGGCAGCGGCUCUGCCCCGUUCACCAGGCCCAGAAGGGGCCGCCUGCAACCACCGCUGCCCCCAUGGGACCCGCCAGCGCCCCCCAGCCGGCCCCCGCGCCCACCAAGCCGCCCGCCAUGGCCAGCAGCGGCCCAGCCCUGCCCUCCGCGGCCCGCACCCUCCUGGAGCCCAGCAUGCCCACCGAUGCCCGGCCCCUGCCGGCCCCGGCAGCCUGCGGCCCCUUCACCUCCUACAGCUCCGAUAUCCUGACCGAGGACGACGUCUACUGCAACUGCCUGGCCAAGACGCUCUGCCACGUGCCCGUGCCCGUGACCGUGGGCUUCUACGCCCCCUUCGGCUGCCGCCUGCACAUGAUGCUGGACAAGAUCACGGCGCUGAUGCAGCAGGAGGCGGCGCAGCGCGAGGCGGAGGAGCUGCAGCGCGUGCAGUGGCGGCCGCGCGCCGUGGGCGGCUGGAGCCUGCCGCGCCUGCUGUGGUACCUGGUGUUCCUGCAGCCGGUCAUCACCGAGGUGCACCUGCGGCGCAAGAACGUCAGGUUCCUCUUCAUCCGCUUCAGCGCCUGGCAGUACGCGGGCACCGACAAGCUGUGGGCCGGCCUGGUGACCACGCUGUGCGAGGGCAUCCGCCACCAGUACGGCGCGCUGCCCUUCAGCGUGUACUCGGUGCUGGGCAACAAGCCGGCCGCGGCGCCCAACUUCUGCCAGCGCGAGUGGCACUGCCGGCGCCGCGUGUUCCUGGGGCUGCUGGCGCUGCUGCUGGCGCUGGGCCUCGGCGUGGGGCUGCUGUACCUGUCGGUGGGCGCGCGCGCGCCCGGCCCCGGCGGCGCGGGCGGCAACGUGCUGCGGGUGUUCGGGGGCGCGGCCACCACGCUGUCCGGCUCGGGGCUGCUCAUGGCCGUGUACUCGGUGGGCAAACACCUGUUCGUGAGCCAGCGCAAGAAGAUCGAGCGGCUGGUGUCGCGCGAGAAGUUCGGCACCCAGCUGGGCUUCAUGUGCGAGGUGAAGAAGGAGGUGGAGCUGCUCACCGACUUCCUGUGCUUCCUGGAGAUCUACCAGCGGCGCCGGCUGCGCGUGGUGCUCGAGGUCACCGGGCUGGACACCUGCUACCCGGAGCGCGUGGUGGGCGUGCUCAACGCCAUCAACACGCUGCUGUCCGACAGCCACGCGCCCUUCAUCUUCAUCCUGGUGGUGGACCCCAGCAUCCUGGCCGCCUGCCUGGAGAGCGCGGGCUCCAUGAAGGGCACGGCGGACAACGGCUACCACUUCCUCAACCGCACGGUCACGCUGCCUUUCUCGGUGCCCAUCAUGGGCCGCCGCACCAAGCUGCAGUUCCUGCACGACGCCGUGCAGAGCCGCGACGACCUGCUCUACCGCGAGAUGACGCGCAAGCUGCAGGCGCCCGGGCCCGGCGCGGGGGCCCAGGGGGCCGGCGAGGGCGCGCAGCUGCUGGCCGUGGAGGCGCAGGCCGGGGGCGCGCGCGCGCAGCAGCGCAUCGACGCGGAGGCCGCGCGGCGCAUCCAGGAGGCGCUCUUCUGCCUGCACGACGAGCGCGACUGCCUCUACGAGUACGUGCCCGACAACGUGGUGUCCAUGCGGCGCAUCGUCAACACCGUGCCCAUCACCGUGCGCCUGCUGCAGCAGCAGCAGCUGCAGGGGGACCUCGUGGGCCCCACGCCCCGCCAGGCGGUGGCUUGGGUGGUGCUCGCCAACCAGUGGCCCUGCCGCCUCAGCUGGGUGCUGCAGUGCCUGGAGGACCGGCAGCAGGCCGGGGGCGCGCCGGAGGCCCGCGCGCGCAUCUGGGACGUGUUCUGUGACAACAGCCGCGAGCUGCACACCAUGACUAAGGCGUUGCAGAACGUGCUCGACCUGGAUGGCGACCCCGAGCUUUUCGAGCGCUUCCUGGGCACGGACUUCCCCUUCACCGUGGCCGAGGCGCAGAGCCUGCUGCGCUGCACGGUCAACCUGGACCACUCCAUCCGCCGCCGCAUGGGCCUCAUCCGAGCCGUCAGCACGCUCAAGCCGCCCAGUCCACCCAAGUCCCCCGACGGCGACACCCCUAACUCCACCGGGGGAGCCAACAAUGCCCCUGGGGCGUCCCAGUCGGGCCACACCGCAGGGCAGGCCCGGCGGAGCCCUAAGGAAGCCCACCACUCCCCGGACUGGACGCAGGGCGGGCAGGCCAAAACCCGAGGUGGGGGUGCCCUUCACUUCCGGCAAUCCAACCCAGGUGGACCUUGAAGGGAGGGCUCUGGGGCAGCAGGAGGCAAUAGCUUGUUG